AUGGCUUCCAAGUUUGGUGAGAGGCAGGUGGGAAGACACCAGGACUACUCAGUGGCCAUCUUCUCCUGGCUCAUGUGCUCUAUUACAGAAUACUUUCUGCAUAGGGACCCCAGCCCCGACCCUCUGACUGAGCUCUCUCACAGUGCCUCCUGGUGGGCUGACAAGGAAGAGUACAAACACCAAGGACACAUGCUCAGGAAGCAGAUAAAAGAGAGUGAUGAACAUAUGGCCCGGCUUCAAGACCUGCUGCGAUGUGAACAGGCCAAAUGCACCCGCAUGCAGCUGCGGUGUAACCGCCAAGAUGUAGAGCUGAAGCGUCGAGAGCAGCUCAGCAACAGAUUGAAGGAGCGAUUGUCACAGCUGACUGAUAGACACCGAGAGAAGGGACCCUCCAUCGAGGUGCUGAACUUUCCACCUGGAGCUCGAGGCAAAAGAGAACAGCCAGUCAAAUCUUUGAGGCCCAGUGCAAAACGAGAAGAAACAACACUACGUGUGAUGUUGGAGCGCAGAGAGGCAGAGCUCAGAGAGGCGAUGAAGCUGCGCCACAACCUCACCACUUUACUUCAUGCACUCAGAGUCGACAUGGAGCGGGUGAGGAAAGAAUGAAGAGCCUUUUCCUGUGCUGGUCAAUAAACAGCAUCAGAUGAGGCCCAAAAUGAAGACAUGAGGCUGGAUGAAGCUGAGGUGGCCCUUGGUGACCAUGUGACGGGAGGUGUGGUUCAGGGUUGGAAAUUGGUGCAGAGGAGACUGUGCGAGGUCUUAUCUGAAGGCCACACUGGUGUUGGUACGGACCAUGACAAGCUCCUGGCUCAACUAGAAACCGAACUGAAGGCGAGUCAACAACUUGUCAAACUACAACAACAAAUGUUGCAGGAUAGCCUCAUGUCACCUGUCCCCUCUGAGCUGGCUGAUUCCUAUUAUUUAGAAGAGUGGGAGCGCCUUCAGAUGCGCUGGGCAGAGCUCGAACAUCAGAGGAGAACUUUUGAGAGGGAGAGGCAGUCAUUCACCGAUGCUGCAAUACGGUUGAGCCAUGAGCGUCGUGAUUUUGAGCAACAGAAGGCUUUUCUCCUGAGGCAGCAGUAUUUAUGUGACUCGCCUCAGUCUGGUAAAGAAGCCCUCAGUGAGUAUGAAGUUCUGUCACUGUUAUUUCACUCAUAAAUCCAUAGAAACACUGUGUAUUUGACUCAAGAUUUCUCAGGUUUGGUGCCCAACAGCAUCUCUGGCUGUCUUCCUAUUACGCCAUCGUCCACCAAGUCGGGGGCCACUUCUGUUUCAGGAUUACAUCAGGGAAGAAUCAGAGUUCAAACCCCCAGCACUCCUGAGCUCUACUCUGCCCUCAACCUGUCAUACAACUGUCGAGCCAGAGAUGGUGAUCACCAGUCGGAGACAUGGGAUGGCAGGGCAGACAGGAUGAUGCACCGACCUACACACUUGGACUGGUCAUUUUAA